AUGUUAUUCAAAAAUCUUUCCAAACUUUCUCCAGUUUCAAUUCAUGCCAGUACCCAAGCAGUAGUCAGUCAAGGAGGAUUAACUGGUUCCUCUGAAAAUGGAAUCAAUUCUUCUGCUUUUUGUGGCGGAUGUGGAGGAUUUGGCCGUCGUGGCAAUAAUAUUGAUAUCGAUAUUAAUAUUGGUGGUACCCGUGGUGGUUGUUGCUAA